AUGCACUCUUGCAACGACGCAGAAGUCGAGAUGCUCGCAACUGAGCUUCUCGGCGUCGCCACCUACAGCCCCUCGACAAGCCCAAUUUUCCGCGCAUUCUUUAAGCACUAUAAUGAAGUUUUUAGCCCGUCAGCAUUUGGCGACGCCAUUGCUGAGAUCGAGAAUCCUGUGUUGAAGUCGCACAAAGAUGUCCUGUCUUGCGUCCAAAUACUCAAAAGAAACCCGACAUUAACCUUGAAUGGGUUUCUCAACGCGGCCUUUUCUGGACAGGACGCCAGGCCCGCGGAGAAGGAUUAUGCAACAAGAGCAGUCGUCAGGGCCGCCUUCAUGGUCAACUGUGCGUCCAAGGACUACUACUCGGAAGGAUUUCAGUCUGUCGCCGCCACGCGCGUAAAGUGGGAACCGGAUCAAGGGUUUGCCGACUUUUUGGAGAGGGCUUUCACCCCAAAUCUGGUUUCAACUCUUGCCCAGGACGCAAAGAGGUACAGAGGCUCAUUGAAGGCAUGGAAACUGGCCAAAAGGAACAAGAUAAAGAUCCGGCCUACCAACAACUUGAUAGACCACCUGCUCUACGACCCGAAGGACCGGGUACUCAACGUGUUUCACCAGACCAUGUUCCUUCAGAGCCAGAUGAAGCGGUGGAAGGAUGUUGCUUUCAAUCUCAAUUUCGAGGAAAGCUUGAAACUGUAA